AUGGCUGAAAAAGACGAAGGCCUUAAAACAUGCAGCUGGACUCUGCCUAAAGUCAUGGCAGUGGGAGCCAGUAGCUUCCUGCUCUUGGCUGGAAUUGGAGCUGGGAUCUGGGCAAUAGUCGUGUCUGUGCUUGGAAGUGAAACCGAAAGCUUAUAUGUUGUUCAGGUGAAUGCCGAGGACUUGCGUCUGACUGUGUAUGAUGAGAAUGAAGGGAAGUGGAGGCUCCUUUGUUCCUCCUCGUCCGAUGCUCAGGUGGCAGCUCUCAGCUGUGAGGAGAUGGGAUUUGUCAGGUCUCUCUCCCAUUCAGUCCUGGAUGCAGACAGUGUAGGUGCCAAUGGAACAUCAGGCUACUUCUGUGUGGAUGAGUCUCGGCUGCCUUUUGUGCGAAGUCUCAGAGAGGCCAUCAUCGUGUGUGAAUGUCUGACAGGCCAGUUCCUGGCAACCCUCUGCCAAGACUGUGGGCGCAGAAAGUUGCCUGUAGACCGGAUUGUAGGUGGCCAAGAUGCCAGUUUGGGUAAAUGGCCCUGGCAAGUCAGCCUACGUUAUGAUGGGACACAUCUCUGUGGCGGCUCCGUCAUCUCAAAUGAAUGGGUUGUUACAGCAGCUCACUGCUUUCCAGAAAGGAAUCGCAUGGUGAGCCGGUGGCAGGUGUUCGUGGGUGCCGUAUCUCAGCGGUCCGCUCAGGGGCUUCAGGUGGGCAUGGCCAGCAUUGUGUACCAUGGUGGGUACCAGCCCUUUGUGGACCCCAAUAUUGAGGAGAACAGCAAUGACAUUGCCUUGUUGCGCUUGGCCACACCACUGUCCUUCAAUGAAUUUAUUCAGCCUAUCUGCCUCCCAGCGUUGGGGCAAACUCUGGUGGAUGGCAAGAUCUGUACGGUGACAGGAUGGGGCAACACACAAUAUUAUGGCCAGCAGUCUGAUGUCCUGCAAGAGGCCCGUGUACCCAUCAUCAGCACCAGUGUCUGCAACGGCCCAGAUUACUACGGCAGUCAGAUAAGGCCCAGGAUGUUCUGCGCUGGCUUUGCAGCUGGAGGCACAGAUGCUUGCCAGGGUGACAGCGGAGGCCCUUUUAUGUGUGAAGACAGCAUUUCACAAAGGUCACGUUGGCGGCUCUGUGGCAUUGUGAGCUGGGGCACAGGCUGUGCCCUGGCCAGUAAGCCUGGUGUCUACACCAAGGUUAACGAUUUCCAUGGGUGGAUCUACCGCGCAAUGAAGACAAAUUCCCACGCUAGUGGGUUGGUGAUUCAGAAAUGAAAUGCCAGGAACUCAGAUACUAAGCUGAUACCUUGCUAGCCUCCUCCCUUUCCACUGAACUGCUGCUGCUUUAAAAAGAAGAAAAAGAAUCAAGGAAGAAGGGGGAAAAAGAGGAACAUAAAGAGGGUAUCUUUGGCUUGGCCACAUGUGAGGGGAAUGGGACAGAAAAGUCCUUGCCAAUUGCUAAAGCUGUCAUGGCAUAUUGGCUCUUUAAGGCUUUUGAUUAGAUGCUUUUGUUGUGUCACCUUGCUCCUGGUCCUUCAAGUGCUCAUCGAUGGAUGAGUUUCCCAAGGCAUUUGUCAUUGGUUAAGGAGUGGCUUCUGGGUGGGCUCCUGCUACAUAAAAUCGCAUGCACAGCUUUAUGACUUUAAUGUCAUAACUUUAAUGGAUGCACUUGGAUUAAAGGAUAAUAAUAAAAAUCCUGUACUCCAGCAGAUCAUAUGUUGAAGGCCAAAGCCCAAAUCUGAAAUUUCACUAGUUAUAGUGGAUUUGCAUGAUAUUUCACAUCUAUUCCUUUUCACUGGAUUAACAAGCUGUCAUAACAAUGUAUUUUAACAGAUUAUUUAAUGUUUCUUUGAUUCUUGAGCUUUGUUGUCCAAACUUCUUUAGAUCAGCCCUUCUCAACUUGAUGUUCCUCAGUUGUGUUGGAUUAUUAUUUUCAUCAUUCCUAGCCACAGGUCAUGCAGUUAUAUCCUUCAGAUGUAUUGGAGUACAAAGAUGGUUGGGGAAGCUUGCUUUAGGUCAUUAGCCUUCAGCCCAACUUGUCCACGUUGCACAAGUGAUUUCAUACGACAUUCUCU